AUGGGUGGGCAUCAACAACUAUCAAUUUGUUUCUCGGCAGUUUACAUUCUCCUCUCCAUCACAGCAUUUGCUGGGAAUUCUCUCAUCCUUGUUGCCCUUUAUAAAGAAUCUUCCCCACAUCCGCCGUCCAAACUCCUGUAUCGUUGUCUGGCAACCACUGAUCUGUUGGUUGGUCUUGUUGCCCAGCCUCUCUAUGCUACAUAUUGGAUGUCCGUGUUUCAAGAACAUUGGAGCCGUUGUCGAUACGCCAGGGAUGCAGGCUACGUCACAAGCUAUGUAUUGAUUUUAGUGUCUUUGAUGACGAUGACGGCCAUAAGCGUGGACAGACUUCUCGCCCUGUUGUUGGGGCUGAGAUACAAACAAAUAGUAACUUUGAAGCGCACGUAUAUCAUUGUAACUACCUUUUGGGUUUUUAACAUUGUCGCCUCUUUAUGUGGAAUUUUUUAUCCUAGUAUAAUCUAUUUGUACAGCUGCCUAGUUUCACCAUUUUGCCAGGUAAUAUCCUUCGCAUCGUACACAAAGAUUUUUUGCACUCUCAGAAAUCAUCAAGCACAAGUAGGAGACCAACAACGGACGAGCCAAACAAAUGCACUGAACAUGGCACGAUUCAGAAAGGCAGUGGACAGUGCACUGUGGGUGCAGUUAGCAUUAGUUGUUUGUUAUGCGCCAAUGUAUACAGUGGAAAUUGUGGUCACUUGCACUAACAAAUACUCAUUACUCUUAGUCGUCGUACGGAAAGUAGCAAUUAUUUUACUUUACUUUAAUUCGACUUUGAACCCGUUCCUAUACUGCUGGAAGAUUAGUGAAGUGAGACAAGCAGUGAAGCGGACACUGAAAGAAGCUCUUUGCUAAAAUAGGUCUUUCUUGAGUUGUUCAUCAGACUUUCAAAGCAGGCUUAUUAAGUCACGAUUAUUAUUAGAGAGCAGUCGUUAAAUAAGUUAUUGGAUAAAACCAAAUUAGUGGCUCAAUGAAAUAGUUGCGCAGGCUGUUAUCGAUAGUCUUUAUAUCUCCGUGAACAAUUUAACGACGGACUAAGUAACCCAGCUAUGUGUUUUCAAAAAUAAGGUUUCUUGUCGCUGUGCUAAAAGACAAGAUGUCAUAACGCAAGAAAAUAUAUGCAAACAUUUUACUGUCAAGGUUUCUACUCUUAGCAAUAAGAAGGCAUCAGAUAAAACUUCAAAGAGUAGUUUGAGAGAUGUGUUUGAGGCCGAUGUUGUGUGUUACGAUAAAACUAUUUCAACUAGUUUUCCUAUAAUUAAAAGAAAGCGCUUGACGUUGAUGUUGACGCAAUAUUGCCAUAAGAGACGGUCCAGCUUCAGUCUUGAAUUUGCUUUGUUAUCAGAAAAAUAUCCGUAAAGUUCAUGAGAAGAAGUUUUUGUUACUUGUAUAUUUAACUGAAAGUUACGAAAGUAAAUGGAAUAAAAUUGACCAUCUCUGUUUGUUCCAGAACUUUUUUAUAGAUCGAUUGAUGUUCUGAAAUUAUAUUGGCAACAGCGAAAAACAAGUUUCGCAUCAUUUGCAUUGAGGUCGCCAUAUGUCCAGUUUGUCGCUUAUGUAUCUUUAGCUUGUCUCUGAGUUUCACGGAUUUUAUUUCCUCCAUUUUCUUAGUGAUUAACUGCUGUCCCUAAGUUCCACAUUUUUUUCUUAUUGAGUCGUUUUCAAGGCUUUGUAUAAGCUCAGACUUUGCUUCAAUAUCAUAUCAUCUAAUUAUCGCCCUAAAAACGACAUGUUUAUUUCACCCAUUAAAGAAGUGACAAAAUGGAUCUUUUAAGACUUAGGAGGCCCAUAUCGUAUUGUGAAACAAAAAAAAAAAUUGCCCAUGUCUUUGUGUUUGUCAAGGGAAUUCACUUUCAGUGCUAAUUUGAAAUUAAACUGAAACUUUAGUUACUGAAAUCAACAGCUGGUUACAACGAACAUGUUCUUGUUUAAUUAUCAAGCUACUGAAUUAUCAUAAAGGAUCAGAAAGAAAAUUCCCUGGGAAAGAACUCUUGUUAAAGCAGGGAUUGACGCAUCUUUAGCGAUUAAGUCUUUCGUCUGAUUUUCCUGUCAGCUAAUCCUCCGUUGGUAAAUGAAAUGAUUAAUUUGAAGCCGGAAUAAAAUAUUGACUCUAUAGAGAGUAAUUAUUUUGCAAAAACGAAAUUUUUUCCAACCUAAAACGAGGCGGCGUGUCUGUGGUGGUUAACUAAUUUUUCCUAAUCUUUGACAGGGUAUUUUCAACAAUUGCUUCGUUCAUCACUGUGCGCUCAUUAACAGGAAGUUUGGAGAGCUUGAAAGAUACGCGGGAGUUACUUAACACGCAAUCGAGAGUGAUCGUAGGUUCAUAAAUAAUAAAUGCUGUUUAUGUAGGUUUAACAAGGUGUAGUUUUGAACUGGACAUCGUCACGGGAAUUAUUCAAUAAUAAUAUUAUUCACUUCAUCUUCGGCAAAUAAUUGUUAAAUAUUUUUAUCGAGUGUUGAUAGUUUUUAAGUAUCCAUUCCUUCAUUUUCCUUCUCGAUCAAUAGAUUAUCAUGUUCACUUUAGCACAGUCAUAUAACUCUGGUUAUUGGAGGAGAAUUGCCAAUCGCUCAGGGGAAUUACGACAUGAAGAAUUCAGUCACUGCUGUGUACAUGGAAGCGUUGGCAGAGGAAAAUUUAGGCGAACUAUGUUAUGUAAUUUUUUCCAGACUAUUACUUUAAAAGUUUUGGCGAAAGGAGGAGAACAAAUAGAAAAUGUAAAAGAAACAACGAAAAAUUGUUUAAAAAAAUAAUUUCCUGCUUUUCUUCUGUUUUGUUUCUCGUUUUGUCGGUAUCCGAUGGAACUCUGGGAUUAAAAUGAUACCGCGUAGGGCCAUCAUGGCUGGUGCAAAACAAUGGUUUUCCGCCUCCUCUAUUUUCAGUUAGCGCCCAUUUCUCUCAUUUUGUUAACCAAAGGGAUGAAGAAAGGAAAUUACAUCGUGGGACGAAAUAGGAAAAAUAGGCAAAACAGUUUUUGUUAUUAAAAAAUCAUCAUAACUUUACUGACGAAAGUGAAAAAGCUUGUAGAGAACGAGUUUGAAAAAAUGAAAAUCUUGGUACGGUUUUGUUUUUAAUAUCAGUCCGCGGACGAAAAACGGCAGGAAAAAACCUGUCACUACAAAUUGAUUCAAACAUUUAAAAAUACGUUUACAUCUGUGACCAAAAUUUAAAUUUGAGUUGUUUGAUGUAUUCGCAGAUUGUCUCAAAUCCAACUUUUCUAAGACCAAGUAAAAUCGCCAACUUGAAAUUUUCAUUUCCAAUUUUUCAUGGCUACUAAUGAUACAAGUCUGAACUUCACACGAAUGAUAUGGACACCAGGUUAGCACCCUAUCAGUGAAAGUUGAUCCAGGUAAAAGGAGAUUGUUCGUCGUUCUUUUAAAAGAAUGUUACCACAGAUGUCUCUUGAAGAACUGCUAUGCUUUCCCUCUUUGGUGGAAGGGUUUCAACCAGCAUCUUUCGCACCAGUCAACAUUCUCCUCUCUAUCACAACAUUUCUUGGCAAUUCUCUUAUCCUUGUUGCCCUUCACAAGGAAUCUACUCUUCAUGCGCCGUCCAAACUCCUGUAUCGUUGUCUGACAACAACUGAUCUGUUGGUUGGUCUUGUUGCUCAGCCUCUCUAUGUUACCUAUCGGAUGUCCAUGGUCACGAACACUGGACUGUUUAUCAUUACGCAGAGGGAUCAGCCUACAUCAUGGCUCAGCAUUAUGUGGAAUUUCUUUGUUAACGAUGGCGGCAAUAACCGUAGACAGACUUCUCGCCCUGUUGUCGGGGCUGACAUACAAAGAGAGUGUAACUUUGAAGAGUGUUUAUAUAAUUUUAGCUAG